ACACUAAAUAGUACGUAAGAAUAGUAAUGGCACCACGGGCUCGGCACUAGUUUAGCAUACUGUUGAGUAGGGUAGUAUGCCAUUUGGGCCGUAGUCUUAGCUUAUGGUUAAUAGCUAGCUGUUUACCCAUUGUGUCAGCAAUGUAGAUUAGUCAUACAGCUAAUUGUCAAGGCAUUAAAUGGUUAAAUGUUUAUAUGCUGGAACCAGGUAUAUAUUAGCGUAUUAAAUACAGUGUAAAAGUAAAAAAGGUGCUUAGUAGACGUCUAAAUAGUGCAGUUAGCACAUGUGAAACAUAGGUUAGCUAAUUCACCGUGUGUUUGGAUGUUAGUAUUUUACCAACAUAACAGCUGAGGUUGUUGUCUUCUGUACACUUUUGUGACCACAUGUAAACACUGCUGCUAGACCAGUGGUGGGGAAGGAUGUUGGCUGCAAUUCAAGACCUUAUUAGUUCAGUUUUCAUCAGUCACCAACCCAGUAUCCCAGCUGUUUCACUGUAUGAAACAUUGUUACUAGUUUUCAGUAACGAUUACUAGUUAAAUUAAGUUAAAACCCAAGUAACCAUAAUCCUUACAGCUUGGCAAUCUGUUCCCCUAAUCAAAAUGUGACUGUCAUAAUUUGUCAACAAUUAUUUAGAUUUCAUAUUCCACUAUUCCUCUUCAGUAGCCACUCUACACUUGUCUGGGAGCAGGGUUGUGGCCAACCCUGGGCUCAAGGUUGGAAUUCACCCUGCACCCGGUUACUAGAGGUCCUUGCGCAGCCACUAAUUCGUACUCAUUCACUUCUAGGGAUAGUUUAUGAAACAAGUAAGAUGAAUGAAACAAGUAAGAAUGGUGAAACAACAGUUAAAAUUGUGAAUAGAUGCUUCUUGGUAUAUCCUUAAAUUAAUGGCACAAUAUACAGUUUGUGCUGGUAUUAUUGCUGUUUUAUUCACUUGGAUCUAAUUCGUACAUAACUUAAUCACAAUGGGCACCUGUAUGUAACAUUCAGAUACUGGAUGAGAUAAGAAUAGACAUCCCUAAAUUACAUUUUUACAUAAUUUAUAUCUAUACCUGAACCUGUUAUUUCUCCUACUGUCAGGCAGUUGAUGUGUGGAGGCUGUCAUGAACACUCGUCGGCGCCAUGCCCCUAGGGCCGGUCAAGAGGGGGUCUACAUUGGACCUUCACAGACCCAGACUCAGCUGGUCCAGCAGCUGGAGAGCCCCCUGUCUGUACCACUGUCAGUCGUACCUCCAGUAGACACCAGCAGCAUGUCCGGGCGAGACCGCACCAUAGAGUUUCAGUCUGUGUGCAAGUCACUGCAGGGAAGACAGAAUGGAGCACAAAGCGUUAAACCGGUACACAAUGCUGUCAGACAACGGAGUGACUUUACACUUAUGGCCAAGCGAAUUGGCAGGGACCUCAGCAACACUUUUGCCAAGCUGGAGAAGCUUACGAUACUUGCCCAACGGAAAUCACUCUUUGAUGACAGAGCUGUAGAGAUUGAUGAGCUGACAUAUAUAGUAAAACAGGACAUUAACAGCCUGAAUAAACAGAUAGCCCAGCUACAGGAGCUGAUCCGAUCCAGAAACGGACAAAACAACAGACAUCUUCAGUCACAUUCCAACUCAAUUGUUGUUUCACUACAGUCAAAACUGGCAUCAAUGUCAAGUGACUUUAAAUCAGUCCUGGAGGUCAGAACAGAGAAUUUAAAGCAGCAGAAGAGCAGACAGGAGGAGUUCUCGCAGUCACCAGCAUCCACCUCCUUCAGUAACUCCAGCUUUAACAAUUCUUUAUUAAUGCAAGAUAAUUCAAAGAAAGCAGAUAUUUCUAUAGACAUGGAUCUUCGCUCCAGCCAGCAGAUGCAACUCAUCAGUGAAAAGGAGUCCUUUAUUCAGGACAGAGCAAACACUAUGCAGAACAUAGAGUCUACUAUUGUGGAGCUGGGCUCCAUUUUCCAGCAGCUGGCCCACAUGGUGAAAGAACAGGAAGAAACGGUUCAGAGGAUCGAUGCUAAUGUUGAAGACAGUCAGUUCAACGUGGACCUUGCUCAUUCUGAAAUCCUCAAGUACUUUCAGUCUGUCUCCAAUAACCGCCGGUUGCUCAUCAAAAUGUUUCUCGUCCUCAUCAUUUUCUUUUUUAUCUUUGUCGUCUUUUUGACCUGAGAUCUAUAAACAGUUGCUUACAUUCAGGACUGAGACAGUUACCUCCAGACAGGGACCAGUCUGGAGAUUGAAGGCCAAUAUGUUUCUUUUAAGACAGGAAGCUAUCUAUUACAGCUUUUUAAACUGAUUCUGGAGAACAGUGAUUUAUCCCACUAUAGUCUAGUAUCAUUCUACUCAACAGAAAAAGGAGAAGUUCCAUUCUUCUCAACCACAAAACGGAUACAAUUUGACACUUUUGGACCCCUGGCCAAUGCUGGAGUAUCAUCUGGAUUCAAACGUACAAUAUCCAGUCAGCAGGGCGAACGUUUUACUGUUGAGUCGCUCAGUGAAACAUCCUGAUACGAGUUUACUCAGACUGGCCCUAAACUACUUAGUGUUAUUUACUUACAGGCUUUGUCCCUAAAUAAUGUGAUUCAUUCUGGUUGUUCUGGAACAAAACAAAACUGCACUUCUGGUUAAUAAUUGGUCUUAUUUGGUGCUGCCAAAAUAUUUUGAUAAUAUAAUAUGGAACUUACUUUUGCGGCUAAAAAAUUAGGUUUUAAAUUCAGAGUAUUUUUAUUUAAUAAUUUUAUCCCACCAGCUUUUUGGAGGGCUUCUUGAUAACAGCAUUACAAAUGUUUAGAUAGAUUGGUUCAAUUACGUUUUAAUUAUAUGCUUUUGAAGAAAUAAUAAAUAGCUAGCAAAUUAGCAUUUCUUUUCUCAUUUAUUUUUACACUGUGACUCAGAAGCUAAUUUAUAAUAAUUCAUAAUAAUAAUUUUUACCACACAUAAUCAAAAGUACAGAAAAAUCAUCUAAUUAGUAGAUUUGGCUAUUUUAACCACAUUCAUUGCCCAGAAUUUAACAGCCAUGCGUCGUCCAUGGACAAAUAUUGGCAAACUGUAAUAUUGACACACUAAUAGGAUGCCACCUUUUUGGGAAGCAAGCUAGUAAAAUGUUUUGCCUUGCUAGUGCCGCUCCAGUCAAUUGUAAUCACUGUAAUUGGGAUGUUGAAAUGUCCAAGAGCAACAAAGCACAUGUGAGAACUGGUGGACCACAUCUUACAAAAUGGGACCACAAAGUGCUUGAGCUUGCAGAUCAUCAGAAAAAUCCUAAAAACCCGGCUAUCCUGAGUUGUAACUUUAUUAAGUAAUGAGUAAUGGAAGAGGUAAUGGAAGAGUUAUGUUAUCACAUCACAUAUGGCUGUGCAGGUGUUUACAACUUUUCAGGUUACCAUUUACCGCUGCAAGGAUUUGGAUGGUAUGGUGUAAAGAUCACUGCUAUUGGGCUCUGGAGUAUUCUGAAGUGUUGAGCCAUCAGUGAAUAAAACUACAGACCUUAAAGACCAGGCCUUUUGACCUAAUCCAAGUGCCCAACCUUAUUACAGCUCAUGUGGAUUUUCAGGUGUUAGCACACGUUUGGACAUGUGUAUAUUUGGGCAGCUAUUCAUUUACCAUUCAUAUGUAAGUUUGUUUUUAUUAAAGUACAAACAUAAACCAAUUGUCUCUAAAGCCAAUUUAAAAACUGCUUAAAGGAUUUACUAAUAUUUGAGCAGGUUAAAGUUAUUCAAGAAAGAAUCAUCCUAACAUUACCCCUUAUUUAAUAAAGUCAAAUCAGAUUAUUUAGCCAUGUCAUCUUUGUUGUGUGUAUAAUUAAAUGUCACAUCUGAUCAGUGUGUGUAAAUAAAUAUUGUUCAUUUAACAA